AUGCAAGUCUUUGAUCGGCAGCUGAAAAGAAAACAGCGGAAUUGGGCCGUUAGACAGCCGCAGUUCGAGGAUGCACAAUAUCUCAAAGAAGAGAUUGGCUGGAGAGUGGCAGAUCGGGUAUUCGAUUUGACCAAGUUUAAUCCGCUGGCUCUGGAUAUCGGCUGCGGUGUGGGGCAUAUUGCUCCACAUAUGAUCAAGGAAAAUGUAGGGACUCUUAUACAAUGUGACAUGAGUGAAGAAAUGGUCAAUAGGAGUCAUGGAGCUGAUGACGCUGAGGUAAAAAUUGAACGAGUGGUAUGUGAUGAGGAAAAGUUAGAGCCUUUCAAAAAAGACCAGUUCGAUCUCUUGUUGUCAUCCUUGUCUGCACAUUGGAUCAACGAUCUACCUCAGUGGUUUUGUCGUUGUUUCGAGAUUUUGAAGCCCGACUGCCCGAUUAUUGGUUCUCUGUUAGCGGAAGAUUCUCUUUAUGAGUUGAGAUGUUCACUGCAAUUAGCUGAGAUGGAGCGCACUGGCGGUGUUGGAUUGCACGUUUCUCCCUUCAUCAAGCCUCAAGAUAUCGGCAGU